UUGGUGUGCCAAUGCAGAUUUUAAUAAGAGGAGAAGAGUCAGUGAAGAAUUUCAUUGAAAAUCUGAAGAAAGGGGAGACGACCCUGUACCACGCCUCUGGGAUGAUCAUUGGGUGUGCAGGUAGUGGAAAGUCAACACUACUAGAAAGACUGAAGGGCACCGACCUGAAAGAAAUCCUGGAGAGUUCAAAGUCAACCAGGGGAAUUGAUGUCCAGGCUGACAUAUUUGAUGUAACUGGAAAAACAAUCAAGGUAAACUCAUCAAACCAAAAGCAACGCUUUAAAGUUAAAAUUGACGAAUCAAGCCAACAAGAGAGUAUUCAGGACAAACCUGCAGAGUUGUCUGGUGACAUGAAAGAGUUGAACAUUGAAAAGAAAGUCUGUCAGGAGAAUACAGGCAGUAGAACAAGCGAUCAAGAAUCAUCAAGUGAUGAAGAAAUUACACAUGAGAGUUUGAAAACAGAAUCUGAAUCACGUAAAGGCAAUGAGGCUGCUGCCUUUGUGGAAAAAGAAGAAAUGGUUGAAGACAAGCAAAAUAUUCCUAAAGAAUCAGAUUUAUCGGGAAUUUUACGAGUUUCCAAAGAUGUUUCAGGUGAUCCAGAGAAAAAAAUUACUAUGGUAGACUUUGCGGGACAGUGUUCAUAUUAUGCCUCACAUCAGAUUUUUCUGAGUCCCCGGGCAUUCUUCAUUCUGGUGCUGAAUAUGGAGAAGAAGUUUGGUGAUAAUUUUCAUACCACAAUUCAGAUGGCUCUUUAA